AUGACAAAGGUUACUGUAUGCGGUGCUGCCGGAGGUAUUGGCCAGCCAUUGUCCAUGCUUCUAAAGCUCAAUGCCCAAGUGUCUCAGCUUGCUUUGUAUGACAUUGUCAAUGCUGCUGGUGUGGCCGCCGAUUUAUCUCACAUCAACACCCCUGCCCAAGUAGUGGGAUAUCUGCCCAAAUCCAAGGAUGAUAAGGAUACCAUUAAAGAAGCCUUGAAGGGUUCGGACCUCGUUGUCAUCCCAGCUGGUGUUCCGCGGAAACCGGGUAUGACCAGGGCAGACUUGUUCAACAUCAAUGCCCUGAUUGUGCGGGAUUUGGUUGCCAAUGCGGCUCAGGCAUGUCCCCAGGCCGCCAUUCUCAUUAUUUCCAACCCGGUCAAUGCCACCGUUGCCAUUGCCGCCGCUGUGCUCAAGAAGUUGGGUGUGUUCAACCCUAGAAAGCUCUUUGGUGUGACAACUUUGGACUCCGUGCGCGCAGAGACCUUUUUGGGCGGCCUCAUCGGCGAAGAUCCCGCCUCCUUGAAGGGUAAGAUUUCCGUGGUUGGAGGCCAUUCUGGCGACACCAUCGUCCCUCUAAUUCACUUCGACAAGACGAUCGCCGCCAAGGUGAAGGCUCUUCCGGAACAAGCCUACAAAGAUUUUGUUCACAGAGUGCAAUUUGGUGGAGACGAGGUUGUCAAGGCAAAGAAUGGCGCGGGUUCUGCUACAUUGUCUAUGGCCUACGCCGGCUACAGGUUCUCUGAGUACGUCUUGAACUCUCUUGCGAACAAGGAAAUUCCCUUCAGUAUUCCAGAAUCAUCAUAUGUGCACCUUCUGGGUAUCGGUGCCUCUUCGCUCUCUCAAAAACUUGGCGGUCCGGAAUUCUUUUCCGUUCCUGUCAUCUUGAGGAAUGGCCAGGUCCAGUCCUCGUUAGACCCUUUCAGCUUGGUGCAAACAGAACAAGAAAAACAAAUGAUUGAAACUGCUGUGAAGGGUUUACUUACUUCCAUUUCUCAGGGAACUAGUUUUGUUGAGGGUCUGAAAUUGUAA